AUGCCAAAGUCUUCAGAAUAUGAUUUUUUUAUUAAAAAAAUCGUGUAUCGUUUUGAUGAUAGAUUGAAGUACUAUGAUAUAAAAUUAAGACAUAAAUUACUUUGUGAAAAUAUUACACUUGUACCACCACCACAAAACUUACCUAUCUUAAAGAUUUUUCUCGACAUUUAUGUGGAUGAUUUUGGUACUUACAGGAAUGUAUAUCAUUCACUAGGUGGCGUUUAUUUACAAUUCGGCAAUAUGCUAUUAGAUUUCUGGAAAAAAUUAAAAAACCAUUAUUUAAUUAGCUUUGUUCCAUUUGGGGCAAGUUUUAAUGAUUUCAUUAAACCAAUACUUCAAGAAAUAACUCGAUUAAAAAAUGGCCUUGUUAUUAAGACUUUAUUUAGUAAUACAUGGGUUAUAGGUGGAAUUGGAUGUAUCACUGCUGACCUCCCACAAGAAAAUAAUUUGGCAGACAUAAAAUGGCACAAUACCAACCAUGAAGAGCGGUUUGCAGAAAUAGAAAGCCAAAAUUCAAAAGCAGAUAUGAAAUGGCUAGCAGUUGUGUACGGUAAUAAAUGGAAUAACAAUAAAGUUAGAAAUGCAGGUUUAUCAAAGAAUUUAGAUGUUGAGCACCCAUUUUUUCAGGAUCUUCAUAGAGCAUAUUCUGAUUAUUUAAAUUCAAGAGCUGAAUUAUUGUACAGGAACUUAGAAUUUUAUAAUUCAAUCGCAUAUACCGUUCUUGAAAAUAAUCAAGAUCUAAUUCAGUUAAAAUUUUAUGUUGGAGAUAUUGUGGAACUAUCAGAAGAAACUGAGGGUACUGCAUACGCCAAAAUUGAAUCAAUUUUCUAG